GAGCGAUAUAAGCAACCAGCUUGAUGACCCAAGCCACCAUCUUCGCUGUCUCUGACAAGCAGCAAGCAAGGACUAGCACUCUGUCUUCCGAAGAACCUCACUCCAGACAGUGAAGCCAGGAACGCUGCCAAGAUGCCUUUUCUCGAGGUGUCCACGAACCUGCCCAAGGAGAAGGUGACCCCAGAAGUGCUCAGCGGCCUCAGCAAGAUGGUCAGCGAGAUGCUCGACAAAUCGGAGAGUUACUGCAUGAUGCACGUCCUGCCUGACCAGCUGAUGACUUUCGGCGGCACCAGUGAGCCGUGCGCGGUGGUCAGACUGAUUUCCAUCGGCAGGCUGGGUGUGGAGCUAAACAAGAAGCAUGCUGCCAAGAUCUUCGCCUUCAUGGACAAACAUCUCGGGAUCUCCAAUGAUAGAAUGUUCAUGGUGUUUCAGGACCUGGACUCAUCAACUGUUGGAUACAAAGGAACAACAUUCCAUGAACUGUAUGGCCGUUAAACUUUUACCACAAAUGGAAUUAAGAUGUUGCAGUCAAACAACAGCAUGCCGUGAAAUUCAGGGCCGCCAGCACUGCCCUGAGUGUGUGCGGGACUCUCCGGGUUGGCAGUCACUGCUGCACAUGCACACUGAGACUGAGGUCCAUAUAUUUCAAUUGUCGGUUGCAGAUUUUUUCCUACUCCUACAGACAGACUGACCAGCUGCUGUUUAUUACGAUUGUAACUGAACACAAUUAGUUUAUUUUCCUUUAUCCCAUUCAAGAC